AUGGGCACAACUGCUAUAGAUUCCGAUUUCGAGAACGAUAUUCUAAAAAAUCCGGAAUUGUAUGGGUUAAGGAGGUCACAUAGACGAACCGCAGUACACCAUUAUACUUUCAAUGAUGAUGAUGAUGAUGAUGAUGAUGAUGUUACCAUAGGCAGAAGAAGAAGAAAGAAAACCACGGAUGUUGAGGACAGUAAUGACGAUAAUGAUUAUGACAAUGAAUCUGAUCUGUAUGAAGAUGAAGAUUUAAUGAAUGAAGAUGAAGAAGAUGUAAAUGAAGAUGAUUUUAUAGUGGAUGACGAUGAUAUAGACUAUUAUGAAACAAACACAAGAAAGAAGAACAGAAAAAAUGUGUCAGCCAAAAAGGCUAGAAACAAUAAAAAAGUCUCGAAUGAACAUAAAAUCAGUAAUGAAGAUAAAGAACUAAAGAGGCUUCCAACCAGAUUUUCAGCGCGUAAUAAUAAUAAAACUGUCAACUAUAAUGUGGAUAUUUCUGAUGAUGAUGAUCUAUUAGAGUCUGAAUAUGAUAGCUUUGACGAAACCGGUGCAGAUGAUGAAAAUUUGGAUAGUGAUAAUUAUGAUAGAGAUCAAUCUAUGACACCAGCAUCACAAACACAAGAACUUCAUAGUAUUGACAUGGUGAUUGAUCAUAGAAUGAAACAGGGACAAUAUCACCCCGAUAAUAUAAUUCCAGAUCUGAAUCAAUGCAAGAAAUGGUAUGAAUUUUUGAUUAAAUGGGCUGAUCAAUCCCAUCUACAUAAUACAUGGGAAUCGUAUGAAUCUUUGGGCCCUAAAAUGCGUGGUUUGAAAAGAUUAGAUAAUUAUUGUAAACAGUAUAUCAUUCAGGAUAAAGAGAUUAGAAUGGAUCCCUAUUUGACUCGUGAAGAUCUAGAAUUAAUGGAUAUGGACCGUGAAAGACGUCUUGAUGAAUUUGAAGAGUAUUCAAUACCUGAGAGAAUUAUUAGUAGUCAAAGAGUUUCUACAGAUAAUGGCAAUAAUGAAUUACAAUAUUUAGUGAAAUGGCGGCGUUUGAAUUAUGAUGAAGCUACAUGGGAAAAUGCAAAUGAUAUUGUUAAAUUAAGCCCUGAAGAAGUUAAAAAUUUCCAACAAAGAUCUAAUUCUAAGAUAUUACCACAAUAUUCUAGUAAUUAUAAUAAUUCUAAUAGACCAAAAUUUGAAAAAUUGGAUUCACAGCCAUCAUAUAUAAAAGGUGGUGAAUUAAGAGACUUCCAACUAACAGGUAUUAAUUGGAUGGCAUUUUUGUGGUCAAAGAACGAUAAUGGUAUUCUUGCUGAUGAAAUGGGUUUGGGUAAAACUGUACAGACAGUCUCUUUUAUCAGUUGGCUGAUAUAUAGUAGAAGGCAAAAUGGUCCUCAUUUAAUUGUAGUACCCCUAUCUACUAUGCCUGCAUGGCAAGAAACUUUUGCUAAGUGGGCUCCAGACUUAAAUUGUAUUUGUUAUAUGGGUAAUCAAAAAUCAAGGGAAAUUAUAAGAGAUUAUGAAUUCUAUACUAACCCACAAGUAAAGGGAAAGAAAUUUAUUAAAUUUAAUGUAUUAAUGACCACAUACGAAUAUAUUUUAAAGGAUAGAGAACAACUGGGUUCCAUUAAAUGGCAAUACUUAGCUGUUGAUGAAGCACAUAGAUUAAAAAAUUCUGAAUCAUCAUUGUAUGAAUCGUUAAAUAGUUUUAAGGUGAAUAAUAGACUACUUAUCACAGGUACCCCUUUGCAAAAUAACAUUAAAGAAUUAGCAGCUUUAAUUAAUUUCUUGAUGCCUGGUAGAUUUACUAUUGAUCAAGAAAUUGAUUUUGAAAAUCAAGAUAAGAAACAAGAAGAAUAUAUUAGAGAUUUACAUACAAGACUUCAACCAUUCAUUUUACGUAGAUUAAAAAAAGAUGUUGAAAAAUCCUUACCAUCUAAAACAGAACGUAUUCUACGUGUUGAAUUAUCUGAUAUCCAAACUGAAUACUAUAAGAAUAUUCUUACAAAAAAUUACAGUGCAUUGACUGCUGGCGCUAAAGGUGGUCACUUCUCAUUACUGAAUAUCAUGAAUGAAUUGAAAAAAGCUUCUAAUCAUCCAUAUCUUUUUGACAAUGCUGAAGAACGUGUUCUAGAAAAAUUUGGUGGCGGUACUAUGUCUCGUGAAAAUAUUCUUAGAGGAUUAAUUAUGUCAUCAGGUAAAAUGGUUCUAUUAGAUCAGCUUUUAACGAGAUUAAAAAAAGAUGGACAUCGUGUAUUAAUCUUUUCUCAAAUGGUUAGAAUGUUGGAUAUAUUAGGUGACUAUCUUUCGAUUAAAGGCAUUAAUUUCCAAAGAUUAGAUGGUACAGUACCAUCAGCUCAAAGAAGAAUUGCAAUCGAUCAUUUUAAUGCACCCGGUUCCAAUGAUGAUGUGUUUUUAUUAUCCACAAGAGCUGGUGGGCUAGGCAUUAAUUUAAUGACUGCAGAUACAGUUAUUAUUUUUGAUUCUGAUUGGAAUCCACAAGCAGAUUUACAAGCUAUGGCUAGAGCACAUCGUAUUGGGCAAAAGAAUCAUGUGAUGGUGUAUAGAUUAGUUUCUAAAGAUACUGUUGAGGAAGAAGUAUUAGAAAGGGCUCGUAAAAAGAUGAUCCUGGAAUAUGCAAUUAUAUCGUUGGGUGUUACAGAUGGUAAGAAAUAUACUAAAAAAAAUGAACCAUCAGCAGGGGAAUUAUCAGAAAUUUUAAAAUUUGGUGCUGGAAACAUGUUUGCUGCCAAAGACAAUCAAAAGAAAUUAGAAGAUUUGAAUUUAGAUGAUGUUUUGAAUCAUGCAGAAGAUCAUGUAACCACGCCUGAUUUAGGUGAAUCUCAUCUGGGUGGUGAGGAGUUUUUAAAGCAAUUUGAGGUUACAGAUUAUAAAGCGGAUGUUGAUUGGGAUGAUAUUAUCCCUGAAGAAGAUUUGAAGAAAUUUCAGGAUGAAGAAAUUAGACGUAAGGAUGAGGAAUAUGUGAAAGAACAAUUAAAUAUGAUGAAUAGAAGAAACAAUGCAUUAAGAAGGAUAAAAAAUAGUGUUAAUGGAGAGAGUAAUACAGCUGAUGAUUCCGAUAUAUCAGGUUCAGAUGAUGAGAGAAGAUCAAGAUCAAGAAGAAGAGCCAGAGCUAAUGAUUUAAACGCUAUUGGUGACAAUGAGAUUCGUGCUUUGUAUAAAGCUGAUUUGAAAUAUGGUGACUUAUCAGAUCUUUUUGAAAGUCUUAUUGCUGAUGGCACUCUUCCUGUUAGAUCAAUUGACAAAUACCAAGAAAUUUACUCUGAAAUGCUAAGUGUAGCCCAGGAUGUUGUUUCCACUGAAGAAAAAAAACGUAAUACUAUUUUGGAGAAUUUGGAAAAAGAGGCUGCUGAAUAUCGCAAUAAGAUUAAAUCAGGUGAAAUUGAUAUUUCUAAACAAGAGAAAGACAAUCCCCUGUCUAGAUUAUCGUCCAAAAGAAGGGAAAAGAAAGUUGCGUUCUUCGAAUAUAUGGGUGUUAAGUCCCUUAAUGCCGAGACAUUUGUUAAUAGAGCACAAGAUUUAAAGACAUUAAAAGACUAUAUUAGUAAGCAUUUUAAAGAAGAUCCACUGAAAUUUACAUUAGAAAAUAAGAAACAUCCUAAACCUGUACAAAAUUGGAGUUGUAGUUGGAAUAAAGAGGAUGAUGAAAAAUUACUUGUUGGUGUUUAUAAGUAUGGAUAUGGUUCAUGGAGUCAAAUAAGAGAUGAUCCAUUCUUGGGAUUAUCCGAUAAGAUAUUCUUAAAUGAUUCUCAAAUUGUCGUGAAAAAUAAAACUAAAGAAACUGAGAAGCCGUUAGAUUCCAAAGAAUCCUCUGCAGUUCUCGUUAAAAGGGGUAAAGGUAUAACGGGGUCAUCCAAGAAGGUUCCUGGAGGUAUUCAUUUAGGUAGAAGAAUAGAUUAUUUAAUAACUCUCUUGAAAGAUUCUAUGAGUACAAACAACAUCAUUCCAUCUAAUGAUGAAUCUACUAAUACAUAUCACAACACUUCUCCUGUAGCUAAUAGUAGUAACACUACUUCUACAUCCAAUAGUAGCAACACUACAGGUAACACACCAACAGCUAUUACUACACCUACUACUAAUACUGCUACGGGUGCCUCCAGUACUGAUAUCAGUCCAAACACUAUUUCAAGUAUCACAACUUCAGCUUCUAAUAUAAAUACGAAUAAAGCCAAUAGUGAUUUACCAACCGGACCCAAGAGGAAACGAGCUAGAAAGUCGACAAAUAAGAAUAAAGAUGAUCAUGCUGAUGUAAAUACAUCGACGUCUCCAUCCAUUAAAAAAUUAAAACCAUUACCUAAGGGUCCAGCUUUAGCAAUGAAACAACAAUCUAGAUCUAAUUCAUCUACUUCAAUCAAUACCAUAUCUUCUAAUACAACCACUAACACCAAUAAUAUUGUCCAUGAAAAGGAAUAUGAUAGUAUGGAUGAAGAUGAUUGCCGUCAUACAAUGAGUGCAGUUAGAGUAUCAUUAAAAAGAUUAAGACGUGGUGGUAAAGGCCUAGACCGUAAAGAGUGGGCACAAAUAUUGAAAACUGAAUUAACAAAUAUCGGUAAUCAUAUAGAAAGUGAAAAGAAUAAAUCAUCUCAUGGAACAUCACCAGAUAAAUUCAAGAAACAUUUAUGGUCGUAUGCAUCCAAUUUCUGGCCUGCAUCUGUGAAAAGUUCUAAAUUGAUGGCAAUGUAUGAUAAAAUUCGUGCAGCUAAUAAAUAA